AUGGAAAAAGAUGAAGCUUCUAUAAUAAGUUAUUGCCCUAUUGAUGAAGAUGGUUGUCGAUAUUUAUUAACUGAUUAUUUUGGUAAACUUUAUUUACUUGUACUUGAACAUGAUAAACGUAAUGGAAGUUCAUCAACAACCAUAACUGAUAUGAAAUUGGAUCUUCUCGGUGAAACAUCAAUGUGUGAAUAUAUAACUUAUUUAGAUAAUGGUGUUACUUUUGUUGGAUCACGUUUUGGUGAUAGUCAACUUAUACGACUUCUACCUGAACCUGAAAAUGGUAGUCAUUUAGAAAUACUUGAAUCUUAUACAAAUCUUGGACCAAUUGUUGAUAUGUGUGUUGUGGAUUUGGAAAGACAAGGACGACAGUUAAUAACAUGUUCUGGUAAUGGAAAAGAUUCAUCAUUACGUUUUAUUCGAACUGGUAUUGGAAUUCAUGAACAUGCAUCAAUUGAUUUAAGAAAUAUAAAAGGAAUUUGGGCAUUAAAAAUAGAUAAUCAUUAUGAUAAUCAUCUUGUUGUUGCUUUUUUUGAUCAAACAAGAUUAUUUCAUUUACAAAAUGAUGAAAUUGAAGAAGUUGAAUUAGCUGGUUUUGAUUUUCAACAUCAAACAUUAUUUUGUGCUAAUGUUGUAUCGGAUCAAUAUUUACAAAUUACAACACAUUCAAUUCGUUUAAUUGGUAAUAAUGGUAAAGAUUUACUUAUUGAAUGGAUAAAUGAUCAAAAUGAAAUAACUGUUGGUUCAUCAAAUACAACUCAAUGUGUAUGUGCAAUUGGAAAUCAAUUAUUUUAUUUUGAAAUUGGUCGAGCUAGUUUAAGUGAAAUCAAUAAAUGUAAAUUACCAUAUAAUAUAGCUUGUUUGGAUGUAACACCAUUAAAUUCUCAAGAAGAACGUACAAAUCUUUGUGUGGUGGGUCUUUGGACACAAAUAUCUGUUUGGAUAUAUCGUUUACCAACACUUGAUGUAUUACAUAAAGAACCAUUGACAUCAGGUUGUCUUGUUACACAACAAACAGCUGAAUCAACAAUAUCAGUUGAAACAUGUACUUUAAUGGGUGGUGUAUCAGGUUAUAUUGGUCUACUACUUCAAUUAACAUCAUCAUUGUAUCAAUUAUUGAUGUCAUUACAAUUAGCUUUAGCUGAAUAUGUUCCAAGUGUUGGUAAAAUUGAUCAUGGUGCAUGGCGUUCAUUUGAAUCUGAUGGACGUUCAGAUGUUUCAUGUGGUUUUGUUGAUGGUGAUCUUAUUGAAACAUAUCUUGAUUUACCAAAAUCAGUUCAACAAGAACUUAUACAAGAUUUACGCGGAGAAAAUAAUAUUCCACUAAAUACAACUGUUGAAGAAUUAGUCAAAAUAAUUGAAGAACUUGCACGAAUACAUUAA